AAUCUCAAGACUUCCGACUUCAGUGCGUUCAAGACGACUGGGAAAAAUAGUUUUGAACGGUCAUCCAACUCGGAAUCCCAAAUCGGGAACUCGGGCCUCUUUCUAAAGCUCCCUUUCUAAAAGUGACUUUCCGCCUUGAAGAUCACUGACAUCGUGAAUUCACCUCGUUUCUUCCGAGUCCCAGCUGUCUUGAAAGCACCAUAUAACACCACAUUUUCGCGUCCAUGUCACGAAACUGGAAUUCAUUGAACAUUUGCAGUUAGGAUGGGUUACUUUGAGGCGGGGCAUAACUCGUCGGCAAUCUGCGAGACGGGCUUCUUUCUCACUUCUGAAACUCUUCCAUUCUCCCUAACAUGCCUCAAGCAAGCAUGAAAAUAAACAGGUUCUGUUGGGUAGGUGAUCAAGCCACGCAGAACGCUAUUUUUGAGGAGUCCAGCCAGACUAGGAAUGCGAUAACAGUCUCAGUGGGGAAUACCGGUUCAAGAGAAGGACUACAUCAUAAUAGCCUAAACUGAAACCAUGGAUGAUUAAUUUCAGGAAGAAUCUCAGUUAUGCCAUAAGGAAUCAGUAUGGCACACCGCUCUCAGUGUUCCUCAGCCGGGGAUAACCGCCUGGACCCCAACUAUGUGCCUCCCCACUACCGCGAGGAGUACCGUCUGGCCAUUGACGCACUUGUGGAGGAUGACCUGGAGGGCUAUUAUGAAUUCCUCCAGAGUGCGGAUGUGGUGGACUUCCUUUCCAGACAGGAAAUUGAGCACAUUAAGUACACAGUGAAAGUUCCGUACCAGAACACUCAGCCUGAGCUCCCAUAUGUGGAGUCUGGGGGAGACGGCUCUUCAGACACAUACUGGCCCGUCCACUCUGACUUGGAUGCACCCGGACUUGACCUUGGCUGGCCCGAACAGCAUCGCUUCAUAGGCCCCACCGAUGUCACCACACUGGUUAACCCCUCUGAGCCAGAUAUGCCAAGUAUCAAGGUGCAGGCUCGUCGACUUAUCAAGAAUGCUCAACAAGUGAUCGCUGUGGUAAUGGACACUUUUACAGAUGUGGACAUCUUUGCUGAUAUUCUGGAUGCUGCCAUGCGAAAUGUUGCCGUGUAUAUCAUUCUGGAUGAACAGAAUGCACACCACUUCACUAGCAUGGCUUCCAACUGCCGGGUCAAUCUGGAAAACAUUCAAUUCAUGCGUGUCAGAACUGUGUCAGGGGUCACCUAUCACUGUCGCUCUGGGAAGACCUUCAAGGGUCAGAUGAUGGAUCGCUUCUUGCUGACAGACUGCAGGGCAGUCCUGAGUGGAAACUAUAGCUUCAUGUGGUCUUUUGAGAAGCUUCACCGUUGCAUGGCUCACCUCUUCCUUGGACAGCUUGUGACUACUUUUGAUGAGGAGUUCCGGAUCCUGUUUGCACAGUCCCAACCUUUGGUACUGGAACAUGUCCUUGUUCCAAUGCCACACUACAGCAGUUUAUCUGACAGCCAAUACAGCAGUGAUCGGACACUAUUGUUCAGAGAUCCCAGAAAGUUCCUCCCCAUAGACAGCUCUCGUCCUGUAGAAUGGGCUAGACAUUCCUCUGAUGACCGCAUGGAUAUGGUUCAGAAUAUGAUGCCUCCUGGAAGGUGUGAGCCCAUCCACAGUUCACUAGAUCAGGGUACACUAGAUAUGUACAGCAACAAGUACUCCUCCCAGCAAUUUAAACUGGAGCAGCAGUCUUUUAUGACACAAGGUCACCCCAUGAUGCAGUCAAACACAAUGGAGUUUGCUGGCUGUAAAAGGCACAGUUAUGCAGAGGGCACAUAUGCCGGACAUUCCUCCUCUCAAUUCAUGCAGCACCAAGCCAUUCACAGCUUUGAGGGGGAUACGGCAACCCAGAACAGGAAGAUACACAGGGAACAGCAUCACUAUCAGAGAACAGGGCUAGAACCAGGUUAUAGCGGCUACGAUCAAUUCAGGGACCAAGGGUACCCUUUGAUGGAUCAGUAUUCUGAGUCUGGGUAUCCACAUGGAAUAGCGAUAGAGCCACCAGACAACUAUGACCCUGUACUGAAUUAUUUGUCAUCAUCAAACCUUGCUGUGGAGCUGGAACAUGGCUCAAACAAAUUAUCAAGUCCAGGAGAGGGUCCCUUUAGUCAGUCAAACCCCAAAAGACUGAGCACGGGCCAGCCUCAUGCCUGUCAGACCUCCCCAACACAACAACACCCAUUUGAACAGAGAUCUUUUUUUGUCAGGUCUGGUUCUGACUGUAAAACACAGGAUCCCAGUGCAAAGCAGGGGAUGCGAGAUUGGAGGAUCAGCUCAUACCUCAGUGCAUAUGAUGAUGCAGGAGAGGAAGACAUUCCACAGCCUAUGGGAAAUGACCCCUUUCAAGAGCCCCUUAAUCCAUCACAAGGCAAAUUAUUUGCUCCACUGGUAUCAGAUCCCAGGUUUAGUGCCAAAGAGUUACCCAAGAUUCCAGGGCUCAGGUUAAACAAGCCCACCUGCCCAGAACACUCAAGAACACUAGACAUUCUUGUUAGCUUAGAUGCCCGAACAACACUUACACCACCUUCGGAGUCGUCAUCAACCACUGAAGGUGACAAAUCAGAGGAGAUGGAUGUAAAAGAGCCCAAAAGAGAAGAGUCAUUCCGUAGGAGGUUCAACCCUGCUAUCCAAAGGACCUCUAGACUAAGAUCCUCACUAAUCUUCAGCUCACAACUCGAACAGCAUAUCUCACAGGAACAGAAAUUUAACUCUGGCCAACACUGUGAGGAAACUGCCAAUGAGGAAGAUGACCCAUCUAGAUUAUCCUUGACCGCUCAUGUUUUGGGAAAAAGAAGAUCCAUUACAAGAGAACCUUUUGAAUGGAGACUUAAGUCAGCGAUAGUUGAUAAUUCAACCAAUGAGUCUUUGAAAUCUGAGGACAUCACUACUGAUUCGGGUGAUAAGGAAUUGACAAAGUAUCUUCCUGUGAGCACUGACAAGCUUUCUUCAAUGGAACAACCUAAUUCUGCCUAUGAAGAACAAACCAAAACGGUAGAAUCUGCACACCCAUCCAAACCUGCUCAAGUUGAGAAACCCAAAACCAUACAAUCAGCACACCAGGCAUCUUCAUUGAGCAAUAAAUCUUAUAUAGAUAUGAAUGAUCCAGACAGUAGGUUUUUUUUUUUUAAAGAGUUGGCUGCCAAACGAAAAGCUGCAAAGGCUGCAGAGUCUGAGAGCAGCACUGAAAAAGCUCCUGUAAAACCAGUGACUCAAAUUGACUUGAUAAUGAAGGAACCAGUCACAAGGAUAAAACCUAACCUUCCAAUAGCCACACUAAAUCCAGCAGAUACUUCAACCAAUAAGCCAGCUCCAGCAGAUACUUCAACCAAUAAGCCAGCUCCAUCAACAGAGGCACCUCCUAAUCCAUCAGAUACUUUCACCAAAAAGCCAACAACAUUGACAAAAGCCCCACUUUAUCCAGCAGAUACUUCAAUAAAAAAGACAGCUACAUCAACAGAAGCAUCAUCAGAAACACUGGAGACUUCACCAGUGUUACAGGAGAACGAAACAUCCAUGGCAAAAUGUGGCUCCUUACUUGAUGUCAAAGAACACCAUUCUAAAAAUAAAGAACAGCAAGACCUUCCACUUCCCAAAAGUGACUCCAAAACAUUCCUCAGGGAUAAAUUAUCUUGUGUCGAUGGCCUACUUAGAGUCUCUACUGAUACUGAGAAGAUUGAGCUGAAGAACAGUCAGAACCAAAGUGUGUCUAAAGUUAACCCUAGAGAUAAAAGUACAUUUCUUAAGAGCACCUCAAAUCAGUGUACCUUUAACAUCUCCCCAAAGGAUUUCAGUUUAUAUAAACUAUCUCCAAAGAAACCAAAGUCAUUCAAUCCUGCUUCAAAUGAGCUAAACCCAUCUCUUCCACUCAAACUAACAGAAGCUAGCUCAUCUUCAUAUCUGACACCAAAAGGUUUAAGCUCAACUAGUCUCACUUCGUCAAAAAAUGCAGCAAAGGAGUUGAGCUCUGCCCUUACCCCCACCCUUAAGGAGCCCAGUUCAUCUAUCCCCAUGUCAAAGCAGCCAUUACCAUCCUCUAAACCUAUUACAGUAGAGUCCAACAUACCUCUGAGCCCCACCCAAUCUGAGCCAGGUGUGUCUCAUAAGCAGGACAAAACAGAUUCCAAGGCAUCUCUCAGCCCUACCCCAAUGCAAUCUUGCUCAUCCUCAAUCCCUGCAACAGAAUUUAGCCCUCUGCCAAACCCUACCCAAACAGAAUCUAGUUUCUUACCCAAGUCCACCUUAGUUGGGUCAAUUUCAUCAACACCAAUGGAAUCUAACACCUCUCCCAAACCCUCCACAAAGGAGUCAUUGUCUACAAUUGCCACAACUGAGUUGAGGUCAUCCUCUCCUAAGACCAACCCAAUAAAAUCCUAUUCCUCCCCUUGUCCUGGCCAAUGUGAGUCGGUUUUGUCACUCAAACAUUCCAAAACAGCAUGCAACUCCUCUCCAAAGCCUGCCUCAGUGUCCAAUGACUCUUACAACUCUUCACCUCCAUCUUCAAAGCAUGUCAUGGAAGAAACCAACAAAUCUCCCAUCCUCACACCAACAAAAUCUAGCUCUCCUCCUGAGCCUACCCCAACAGAAUCUAGUGCUUCAACCAAUUCAACACCAAGAGAACUCAACCCUCUUCCUAGCACCACCCCAACGGAACCAAGUGCAUCUACUGGCCCGACCCUAACAGAAUCAAGUGCAUCUUCUAAACCAACCCCAACAAAAUCACACUCCUCCCUUACAUGUGGGUCAGGUGGAUCAGUUGUUUGUCCCAAGCCUGGCCAAACAAAGUCCAGAACUACUCCAAACCUCACCCCAAAAGAAUCUUGUUCCUCUCCUAAUCAUACCCUAACUGAACCUACCUCACCAUUCAACCCUGUCCUUGUGGAAUCCGUCCCAUCAAGCAACUCAAACCCAACUGAAUCCACUGCCUCUCAUGACACUGCCCCAGCUCCACCCGUCGUUGUGGAUAACAGUAAGGAGGGCAAACCAAGUAAACUUAACAAGGAGCAAAAAGCGGGAAGUUCUGCAGCUUCUAAAGGUGAGAAGAUAGCAGGUGAUCCUGAAACUAAGAGCAAAACUGCUCCUGGAGAAUCUGCCUCCCAUGGAUCGCAGAGUCCUGAUGAGACCAAAGAGAAUAACAGCACUAUGAAACCAGAGAGCACAACAGAUCAAAGCAAUCCCAUACCACCCCCAGUGAAGCAACCUAAAGUAAGCCAGUCCCACUACCAUUUAUCUACUGCCAAUGUACUCUCUAGCAGCAACCUAAGAGAUGACACAAAGCUCCUAUUAGAGCAGAUUUCUGCUAACAGCCAGAGCAGGACAGAACUCACUAAAGAAUCUGCUGUCACUGAUGAUGCCAAACAGGAUGAGGCUGACCGGGGUGUUAGUGGUAAGGAGGAAGCAUCAGCCCGACGACAGAUCGGAGGCCCGGCUAGAACUUCUCAGGAGAGGGAGAAGCUUCUUCAGAGAAUCGAUAGCAUGCGGAAGGGGAGGAAAGUCUACAGCCGCUUUGAGAUGGCGCCUUAACCAGGGAUUGGAAGGAUGAGGGAGUACGGAGAAAGACCACAUUUUCCUCUAGAACUUGUCCUGUAACUAUGUCCAUUCCCCAAAAGUCUAAAACCACAGAUCGGAGAGGGAUCACCAGUUAACUAACAUAAAUAUUAUUCUCAGGUUUCUAUAUUAGAGGGUUUCUCCGAAUGGACUAUAUGCAUGUAAAGCAUUAAGGAUUUUGGGAACAAAAACUUGACUAAGUUUACCAACAUGGAUUGCUGUGUAAAUAAGCAGAGACUCUACAGUGUGGACAAUGGACCUCUGCUAUCUACAAAGGGGAACUGAAAAAUCCAAUCUCAUCAGCUAAAUGCACAACUAAAUGUGCAAUAUAUUUGAAAAUGAUUGUGUUCCUAGACGCACUGGACGCACUGGUGUUGUUGACUGCAAUGUAAUAUCUGUCACUCUCUCUGUUUAAUUAUUAUCUGUUUGAGGAUCUGUUUUAUAUACUAACAAUCAUUUCCAAAUAAUACAAUUAGAAUCACCAUAGAAAAUGUAUUAAUCAUAAACAGUCCAAGAAUAGCUUUCAAAUAGUUGGACCACUUUUUUCAUUUGGAAUGCUUUAUUAGAAUUAUUAAAUCAGAAUGACAGUGUGCUAGAUUAACCAAAUGUAUGCAUGAAUUAUCAUGUGUAUUUGCACAAAAAAUGUAUGUGUAUAUAUACAUUAUAUAUGUAAUACUGUAAUGUUAAUGCCACAGGACAUUUAGGUCCCUUUUUUAGAGGCUAUCUGUGAUUGCUACAUCAAUUUUGGACUUUUAAAUUAAUUAUACACUACCGGUCAAAUGUUUUAGAACACCUACUCAGGGUUUUUCUUUAUUUUUACUAUUUUCUACAUUGCAGAAUAAUAGUGAAGACAUCAACACUAUGAAAUAACACAUAAGGAAUUAUGUAGUAACCAAAACAAAGUGUUAAACAAAUCAAAAUAUAUUUUAGAUUUGAGAUUCUUCAAAUAGCCACCCUUGCCUUGAUGACAGCUUUGCACAUGUUAAACAAAUCAAAAUAUAUUUUAGAUUUGAGAUUCUUCAAAUAGCCACCCUUGCCUUGAUGACAGCUUUGCACACGCUUGGCAUUCUCUCAACCAGCUUCACCUGGAAUGCUUUUACAACAGUCUUGAAGGAGUUCCCACAUAUACUGAGCACUUGUUGGCUGCUUUUCCUUCUCUCAGUCCGACUCAUCCCAAACCAUCUCAAUUUGGUUGAGGUCGGGGGAUGGUGGAGGCCAGGUCAUCUGAUGCAGCACUCCAUCUCUCUCCUUCUUGGUAAAAUAGCCCUUACACAGCCUGGAGGUGUGUUGGGUCAUUGUCCUGUUGAAAAACAAAUGGUAGUCCCACUAAGCCCAAACCAGAUGGGAUGGCUUAUCGCUCCAGAAUGCUGUGGUAGCCAUGCUGGUUAAGUGUGCCUUGAAUUCUAAAUCAAUCACAGACAGUGUCUCCAGAAAAUCACCCCCACACCAUAACACCUCGUCCUCCCUGCUUUACGGUGAGAAAUACACAUGCGGAGAUCAUCCGUUCACCCACACCGCGUCUCAAAGACACGGCGGUUGGAACCGAAAAUCUCCAAUUUGGACUCCAGACCAAAGGACAAAUUUCCACCGGUCUAAUGUGCAUUGCUCGUGUUUCUUGGCCCAAGCAAGUCUCUUCUUCUUAUUGGUGUCCUUUAGUAGUAAAAAUGAAGAAAAACUUCAUUUUAGGUGUUCUAAAACUUUUGACCGGUAGUGUAUAUACCUAUUGAUUCUUGAAGAAUAUGACUUGUAAAAUGUCCCAUCAGCUUAGUUCAUCUGUCGUACCCCAUCAGAACUCAAAAUAUAAGCUUGUUUUACUCAAUUGUUUGUAAAUGAUGCAAUUGUAAACAAUUAAAUAAAUACUUUAUAGCCUCAAAAGAUGGUUAUAACUAUAGUUUUGAUGUCAUGGAUGGUCAGUUCUUCCAUCCAUAGCUUUCUGAAUUUGAGACUGUUACAUUUCUCAAGCCCCAUCCCUCAGUUGUGUACCAAAUAACAGUGGCAGGGGACGGUGGCUUUGUUGUUGUUAAAACUGCAGAUUGCCCCUUUAACCAUUGGACAACAGCAUGGUAUGCUGUUUUUCAGUUAUAUCACUUGCUUAUCGGCAUGUCCAUUGACCCCCUCUAUGUCUCAGUGGGAAAGCAUUCAAUAUGGUUAAUCAUUUAUGGAUUGGUGUGUAAAUGCUUUCAAUGCCAAAGUCUGAAAAUGUCAUGAAAAUAUCAUUUCUAACCUGCUCAAUCCACUGCCUACAGUAUGUAAACUAUAUUUUGAACUUUAAUAUUAUAUGUGAUUCCUUACUGGUUGAACUAGUUUUAAAGCUCCGACGGCUCUGUUUUUACCAGUAUUUGCAUGAAUUAUUAUUUGAAUUAAUUUGCUCAACUGUGUUGGAUGUCACUGCUGUCAAGCUCUGUGCUCUGCAAGCUAGUUUCUAAGCAGUACCUAGCAGUCACUUGUGACUGAUCUGCUGAUACACAGUUGAUACACAGUCAGCUGUUGUGUAGUCCCUGGGUUACCCUGUCUAUUAUGUUUACUGUAGAAAUGUACUAAGCUACGUAAAGUAUACAAAUGAACACCAUUUGCUUGAUAGUGCGGUCUGUUAGAUUUUUUUUGUGUGGGGGGGGGGGGGGGGGGCUUUAAGAUUUAAUGUUUCAUAAAAAAGACUGGAAUAUUGUGCAAGCCCCUUUGUUCGACACCCUUGUCACUGAGAAGAUCGUUAUCUGUGUCACCAAGAACAUCACAAGCAGUUUGUAUUAGUGUGUAAAAGUUCAGCAAUGUUAUUUGAACACACCCAGCAGCUACAUUUUCUAGCACAAAGGUUAGCACAAAUGUUGCAACAAUGUUUGAUAACAAUUUUGGUUUAAUAAUACCCAGUGCUUGAUUUAGACUGAAAUAGGUGCCGGUACUCAUCUUGGGUGCCGGAAAGUGUGGUGUUGUGUUCAAAACCGAGACCAGAAAAAUGCAUGUCCAAUUCCAAGACCUUGAUUGUAAUUGUGUCAAAUUUCCCCCAUAAUAAGAGUUCAAAUGUCCAGUA